GUGUCCAUGCGGUCUCUUCACAAUUCGACUUAGGGCAACAAUGGCGGACAGGCGUCGACGUCGACCCAGCGAAAGCGAAGGCGAAGAAGGCGAGGAGGAGACGUUAUCGACGUCUCAGGCCAGCCUGGGAAGCACAGAGGACCCAUCUCACUCCGGGGAAGACGACAGAGAUCGCCAGUCGCCCUGUGAGAGCGAGGGAGAGCACGCCGAAGCGUUGUCUGAGUACGAGAGCGCCGAGGAAGAUAGAGCGGGGGAAGCGGACGAGGACUCCCAGGCUGAACAAGGGGACAGUGACACAGAACAUGAGGACACCCGAGCCGACGAUGAUACAGAAACGGAAGACACACAGGAAACAUCGGAAGAGACCCAAGAAACCGGAGACACGCGUGACCUGGACACCUCCAAAUCCACCGUCUCAACUGACGGAAGUGAUAAAGGGAAGAAGUUGGAAAGACAAAGUGGGGAUGGAUCAGAAGCUCCUGACAGUGAGGACCAGGCAGAAAAUCUAGAUGAUGACGAGGAUCGCCGCAAUCCCGCGUUUAUUCCCAGAAAGGGAGACUUCUUUGAACAUGACAUUCGUGGGGAGGAAGACGACAAACAACAAGGCCGCCCUCCCGUUAAGGGGCGCAGGAAGCUGUGGCAGGACGAGGGGAAGUGGCAGCACGACUUGUUCAAUGAGGAUGAACAGAGGCCGAAACCUGUGGAGGAGCUGAUCGCGAUAUACGGGUAUGACCCGAGGAGAGAGUCCAGUCCCGACAACAUCCGGCCCAGAAGGGGAAGAAGGCCGCCCCGGGGAGGGGGGCGCGGCGGCCGUCCACCGCCGCGGACGCUGAGAGACUUUGUGGAGCGCCCGCCGCCGCCACGUCGGGGCUUUCCUCCCAGAAAUAGGACAGAUGUACAGACAAGGAACCGGGCCCAGUAUACACAGGAUGUCAGGCAGUGGGCUGCAAAUACGAACAAUUACAGAGACAAUGGACCCUUGGAUAAUGUUGUUAGUGACGAAAAUAGAAACCAGCCUGAGGUCUCCAGGCAGAAGCCAAGUGUGGAGCAGGCUGUCCCUAAUGUUAUUAACAAUGUUCCUAGUAAUCCUAUGCCCAAGAACAGUGAGAAUGGUGUCACAGUAGCUCCAAUGCCAGUGAAGGCUCCUACGAGCACAGAGAGCGAGCAUCAGCAUCCCGCGCCGCAGGAGAAACGUUCGUACACACGAUACCGCCGUAGCACGCAGGCGCCCAGGACAAGUCCACCUCAGCAGCAGAAUAUCCGCAAACGGAUGGAAAAUCUCUCCCUACAGCCUGGAGAGGAGUCCGUGGCUCAGGACCGCGGGCACGCAGACGGGUCGCCGCAACAUCCCGAGGAGAGACACGGCCCCAACCGCUCAGAUCGACCCAAACGGUACUCCUCGCUCCGCCAAAGGCCCAUGCCCGAACAGGUGGUGCCACCCAACAUGGUGAAGGGAGUGACGUACUACAACCAGGGGUACCGUGGGGAGCAGUUUGCCAGAGGUAGCACGCCCCCCGUUGUUGAUGGACCAAUCCAACCUCACCCCACAGGGCCCCCUGCUCCCCCCCACCAGGGAAUGAUCGUGUCUGAUGUUAACCUGCCGCCAGGCAUGGCCCACCCCGCCAUGUACAACCCCGCCAUGACAAUGGCCCCUCCCGUCCCCCCACAGCUACUCCCGCCUCCUUUCUUCUCAGCCGGAGGGAUGGUGAACUAUGCAGCAGCCCCUAACCCUGUAUCUUCAUACGCCCCCAUCCCCCAAGCCGGGCCCACAGCCCCCACCCCCAACGUACCUCCCGUCUACACCUCCCCGCAUCCCCCGUCGGCGCAGGUUGUACGGGGCGUGACGUACUUCAACAACCAAAUGCCGCCGCAGGUGUUGAAGCGGUCGCCAGCUCGUCGCCCAAACGCGGCCAUCCCCAUCGAGCCUCCGCCGGACGUGAGGGGUGAUCCGACUGCCAGCGAAGAGGGAGCUCAGCCAACCGAGGCUUAGCUUUGUACUCAUUGGUUACUUUUCAGGGGAUGAAACCUAGUGUUCUCUCACUCAGAGUAAUUACUGGGAAUACAGUAUAAUGUAUUUCUGUUCUUAAAUACUGUGUAGUAUGUACAUUGAAAGUAUGACUGAUUUGUCCAAAGUUUUUGAACAGUAACAACAAGUUCAGUGUAAUCCCUUUGACUUGUUUCUACAUCUUACUUUAGAAGUGAAAACUUAUUUUUGGUGUGAAAGAAUUGAGUUUCACAAUUUUUAGUUUGUACAAUCUGGUGCCUAUCCCAAAAUCCUCAACAGUAAAAGGCUAACUACUCCAAGGUAGAAUGAGAGUUAGAUACUUUUGGGUUUCCAGCUGAUUUUGUACAUUUUACAAAUGUAACUAAAGCCAGUCUAUAAACCUUGCAAUUUUCCUAGUAAAUGUGUGAGCAAGGAUAAAGAUACCCUAUUUUGUGUUAAGCAAGUGUCUAAUUUCUUGGGUUGAUCAGUUUUCAAAAGAACAAGUGCUAUACCCGUAAUGCAACUUGGUUCAACCAUAGGCCUGGGCAGCCAGCCUCCUAUCUCUUGUGUGACAUAUGUAUGAUUCUCUCUUUGGUAGUUUGUAGUUGUUAUAUUUGAUGUGAUGAAACAGAAGAUAUGAUCACAUAAGAAGACACUAAGGGAAGCUUAAGUUGUGUAGUAUGCCAGUUUUUCAUGCUGAGUAUUUGAUACAGACCUACAAAAGGCAAGUAUGACUGGUACAUUUUUAUGUGUAAGUUUUUUCUUACAACUAGCACAUGUGGAACAUGCAAGGUAACAAAAACAUGUAGAAUUGACCAUUACAAAUGGUAUGAUAGCCUUCUUUGAAAGGUGUGGUCUGAGUUGUGUGCUUAUAACUAUUGUACAUUUUGUCCACCCUGUAGUAAUACUAGUAAACAGGGUUUUGUAAAAUACAAUGAUUAUUGUACUAGUCACUUUUCAUCACCGACAGGGACCACGACAUUACUUUUAAUACAUUGUCAGUCCAUUUGUAUGUUAAGAAGUAUCAUUUCCCUGUGGUGCCCAUGUCAAGUCACACAGUUUAAUACCUAUCAGAAAAAAAACAGUACUAGGCCACCCAAAAUCUUGCGCAGUCUGCCUUCAGAUUCUGUUGUUUACUCAUGUGUACAUGUAUAUUAUGCAAAAGAACACAUAUACAACGGAUACAGCUCCUGUCUGAUACCUAUGUGUUUAUUACCUAUUUGCCACUAAAAAGGAGAGAGGUCUUGUAUAAAGUGCUUAUAUCCUGUAAUUAUUAAACAAAUUGAUAACAACUUGAUUCUAGGAAUUGUUUAUCUU